AUGCCAGCUCCUCUGAUGGACGCUGUCGGCAGCUUCACUCACCUGACGGACAACAUCCCAAUCUGGCUUACACAACUUGAAUCUCUGUCCAAGUACACCAAGGAGAAAAACAAGGAAUUCGUUGCCGAGUAUGAAAGACUGGUGAAGUCCUCGAAACCGAAGCGUGUCAAGUCACCUUCAGUCUGCUCUAUCCAGUCUGAUAAUAAAUCCAUCCGACUGCCAGAAGUCGAGCCCUCGAAACCAUCGGGUCUCGAAACAGCUCCUGACUCUGCUGUCGAUCCUCUCGAAGCUGGGACAAAACACAUCUACGCUGCACAGGUACAGAGGAAGCGGAAACCUACUGCUUCGCUCCGUUCUGGUGCUUCCGGUCCCCAGAAAUUCAGGAUAAAGCAUCAAGUCGUCAUAUACUAUGAUGCUCAUAUCCAACAAGAGUUUGAUGCUAUGGUCAAAGCUGUUGGGAUCGCUCGGAAUAAUUUGCGGAAGGGCAAGAACUCUCUAACUGCAAACCGUGGCUUCCAGCUGCCCAAUCUUUCCAAGCGCUACGAGGGUCUUACGUCGCCCUCACUGGAGAACAUCAGAUCAUUGUCAAAAUAUCGCAGCUCCAGUAUGAGCCCUAGUGGCUCCAAGCUCAACCUUCGAACAUCUGCUCAACCACAGGACCCAGAUGAAGCUGCCUUCAUGAAUUCGGACAAAGUCCUUGAAACCGUACAGAGUCUGUAUGAAACUGCUGCUCACCAGUUCCUCCGUGAUGGAGAUUGUCAGAAAGAGCUGGAUACUGCAACAACUAGGCUCACAGAGCUGCUGCGGACGGCCAAGUCUACUGCAGAAACUCUCAAGGCUAAACAGUUACAACAACAGGCCGAUGAUCCCAGUAUCAGUGCCAAUGUCAGCAGAAACCCAAGCCUUUCGGAUCAGGGCUGUCCAUCAUUGCUAUCCGACAAGUCGUCCAUGGAGCCACUAAACCUUCCUUCGGUGCCAGUGAAAGGUCAACUGUCGGCUCUCACCCAAACCCUUGAUGAUAUGCGGGAGAAAGGGGUCGUUAGCGCUCCUCCCGCCACAAGUGUUCCUGCACCACAGGGUGUCAUGGCUAUUGAGGUUGACGACGGUAGUGAUGCCGGCAGCUUUGAUGAUAUUGACAUCUCUCAGUUUCGGUCGAACAGACUGAGGAUGAGGGCUUAG